AUGCUCAUCGCAUCAACACCGACGCUCGCCGCUACCUGCAAGUCGUCUCUGCCCCCGCUGGCCACAAGGAUCGCUGCUCAUCACCGCCGAGCAUCCUGCCUCCACACGUCCGGCCUCCAGGCUCUUCGCACCCUGUCGCCGCUGCCCUUCUCGUCGCUCGUGCCCUCGCGCGGAUCCCUGCUACAGUCCGCACCCAAUCAGUCGGGCCUUCGCUUCUCUGGACCGCAACAACACGCGUUCGGCCUCCAGCACCUCACCCGUCCCGCUUCCACCUCCUCCACCUCGUCCGCAACCAUGGGCGCCAUCGCUACCGGCAGAGUCGACACCACCCAGCGUGUCCGCGCUCUGCGUGAGCUCAUGGCAAAGCACGGCGUCGACGCCUACGUCAUCCCCUCGGGCGACGAGCACGCCUCCGAAUACCCCGCCGAGUCCGAUCUCCGUCGUGGCUACAUCACUGGCUUCACCGGCUCCGCCGGCUCGGCUGUCGUCACCACCUCCAAGGCGCUCCUCUUUACCGACGGCAGGUACUUCCUCCAGGCAGGCCAGCAGCUCGAGCCUUCCGUGUGGACGCUCAUGAAGCAGGGCGAGCCCAACGUGCCCACCUGGCAGGAGUACCUCUCCAAGGACCUCCCCGCCAACUCCAAGAUCGGCAUGGACGCCUCGCUCAUCUCGGCCGACGACGCAAAGGACAUCACCGCCGAGCUCUCCAAGAAGGGCUCCAGCCUCGUGUCCAUCCGCGAAAACCUCGUCGACAACGUCUGGUCCGACCGCCCCACGCGUCCCGGUCAGCCUAUCUUUGUGCUCGACGAGAAGGUCGCCGGCCGAUCUUCCUCGGACAAGAUCCGCGAGCUGCGCGACGAGAUCAAGAAGAAGUCGGCGCAUGGCUUUGUCGCCAACAUGCUCGACGAGACCGCAUGGCUCUUCAACUUGCGCGGUACCGAUGUGCCCUACAAUCCGGUGUUCUUCUCCUUUGCCCUCGUCCUGCUCGACAAGGUGCUGCUCUACGUCAACGACAGCCAGCUCACCGACGAGGUCAAGGCGAGCCUCAGCAGCGAAGUUACGCUGCGCCCCUACGCCGAGUUCUACAACGACCUGCACUCCGUCGGUGCCGAGCUGGGUGAGGGCAACAAGAUCCUCAUUGGCAAGAGCGCGUCGCUCGCCGUACAGGAGGCGCUCGGCGGUGCGGCCAAGGUCGAGAUCGUGCGCUCGAUCGUGGGCGACCAAAAGUCGAUCAAGAACGACGUCGAGCUCGACGGAUUCCGCCAGAGCCACAUUCGCGACGGUGCGGCGCUGUGUCAGUUCUUUGCGUGGCUCGAGGAGCAGCUGGUGGCGGGCAACAAGGUGACCGAGUCCGAGGGUGCCGAUAAGCUCAGCGAGUACCGUCAGUCGCUCGACCACUUCCGGGGCGAAAGCUUCACCACCAUCUCCUCCACCGGUCCCAACGGAGCCAUCAUCCACUACAGUCCGGACCCGAGCAGCUGUCCUGCGAUCGAUGUCAAUGAGAUCUACCUCUGCGACUCGGGUGCGCAGUUCACCGAUGGCACUACCGACGUCACGCGCACCUGGCACUUUGGCGAGCCCAAGGCCGAGCACAUCCGUGCCUUUACGCGCGUGCUGCAGGGCCACAUUGCCAUCGACCGUGCCGUCUUCCCCAAGGGCACUACUGGCUACCUUCUCGACGUGCUUGCCCGACGCGCGCUCUGGGAGGACGGUCUCGACUACCGCCACGGCACAGGCCACGGCGUCGGCCACUUCCUCAACGUCCACGAGGGUCCCCAGGGUAUCGGCACCCGCGCCGUAUUCAACGAGACCAGCCUCAAGGAGAACAUGGUCGUGUCCAACGAGCCUGGCUACUACGAGGAUGGCAAGUGGGGCAUCCGUAUCGAAAACCUCGUCAUCGUUCGCCCCGCAAAGACUCCCAACAAUUUUGGCUCCAAGGGAUACCUCACCUUUGAGCACCUCACCAUGUGCCCCAUUCAGGUCUCGCUCGUCGACCCAACGCUGCUCAACCAGGACGACAAGAAUUGGCUCAACAGCUACCACGACGAGGUCCAGGCAAAGGUCGGCCCCCUCCUUCAGAACGACCAGCGCGCCCUCGCCUGGCUCAAGAGGCAGUGCAGCGCUCGUGUCUAA